AUGGGUUGUGGCGCAUCAAAUCACAAAGGCGAAGUUGCUGAACCUCAGCCUGUGGGUAACAAAAAAGGUUUAGAAUAAAAAGAGAAUUAAGUGCAGAAAAAUAAAAAAAAUAAAUAAAGUGAAGAUGUUGUUAUAUAAGACUUAGACGCAUAAGAAGACAUUAGGACAGAAUCCAAGUUCUCUCCAAGCAAAGGAAAUAUUUUAGCUAAUUAAAAUUUAGAUGGCAGUGCCAAUAAUAUAAAAGAAGAUGAGAAUCAAAACAAUUAGAAUAUUUAAUUGAAAAGAUAUAAAAAAUGUGAGCUUAUUGAUAAAGGAGCUUAUGGUAAAGUUUAUAAAGGGAUAGAUACAAUAACAAAUCAAGUUGUUGCAAUAAAAUAUAUUGAAAUAACUGGUACAUUUGAAGAAGUAAAAAAGGAAAUAAACUCUUUGAAAAAGGAAAUUGUUUUACUCAAAAAAUUAAAUCAUCAAAACAUAGUAAAAUAUUAUGAUUUUGAAAUAAGCGAUGAUAAAUCAGGUGUUGAUAUCAUUUUGGAGUACGUUCCAAACGGUUCUUUAAGAAUGGCCUUAAAUAAAUAAAGAUGUUUUGAUGAAACAAAAGCAGCUAUUUACACUAAGCAAGUUUUAGAAGGUUUAGAUUAUUUGCAUAAAAACAAUAUCAUUCACAGAGAUUUAAAAGGAGCAAAUUUAUUGCUGGAUGCUGAAGGUAGGGCCAAACUAACUGACUUUGGAACCGCUAAAUAGAUUGAAUUUGAUUUGAGAAAAUCUUAAGUCAAAGAAGAAGAUAUUGCUAAAAUGAAUAAGUCUCUUAAAGGCACACCAAAUUGGAUGGCUCCAGAGGUAAUUGAAAGAACUGGACAUACAACUUCUGCAGAUAUAUGGAGUAUAGGAUGUAUAGUGAUUGAAAUGAUUACAGGAAAGCCUCCUUAUCCUGGAUUAUCUGCCAAAGAAGUUUUUACUAAAAUUGCAUCUGGAGUAUUACCAGAUUUUCCAAAGGGGAUAUCAUUUGAAUGUAAGGAGUUUUUAGAAGGGUGUUUAUAAACUGAUCCUAAAAAAAGACUUACAACUUCUCAACUAUUGAAGACACCUUUCAUUUUAAGAAAAAAAAUUAGAAGACCCUUAAGCUAAAAUAGCUUAGUUUCAUAGGAGGAAUUGCUAGAGUAAAUUUAAAGCAUUCAGCAAGGGUAAAAUAUUUAAUAAGAAUACUCAAGGAUAAAUAAAGGAAGCCAGCCAUUAAUUAAAGGUAAUAGCAGUUAAAGCAUAAAAGUACCUCAAAUUAUUUCAAAUCAAAAUGCUUCUUCCUAGCCCUUGAUAGUAAAUAAACCAAAUCCUUAUUUAGAGUACUAGUAUAAGAACUAGUAAAAAUAUCAAGAAUAUUAAGAUUCUCAGAUUGAUCAACUAAAAGAAAGGACAAAGAGUCUCAACAGAUUUGCUAAUGAACAUAAAAGUAGUACAUAGAAUGAUAAAUAAUAGAAUUAAAUAAGAAAAAUUGACUAACAAACUAAUAAAAAUAUUAAUGCUGAGGAUGAAAUUCUAUAAAUUGCAAAAUAAGUUAAGAGAUAAUAAGAAUAUGUUCAAGCUAAUGUUAACCCUGGAUAUGAUUAAUACAUUUUCAAACCAUAAGUUGAAAGUAAUGUAAUCAAAUUUUCAAAUAAAGAUCACGAUGUUCACUCAAAUAAUUAAAAUGACUUCAAUCCUUUAAGAAGCAACUCAAGAUAGAAUACAUAUAGUUAAUUAAAAAUAUAGCCUGAUAUUCAUGCAAAUAAUUAAAACGAAUUCAAUCAGUAAAGAAAUAACUCAAGAUAAAAUACAUACAGCUAGUAAAAAGGUUAAUAACCAUAGCAACCUUUUAGAUCCUCUUUAGUUGAUAUCAAAGAUGAAGAUGACAUGGAUACAACAGAAAUGAUCAGAAGAUCACAAAAAUCACUUACUCUUUUGAAAUCUAAAUAUAAAAACUUGAAUGAGGCUUCUUCUUAAGGUAAAGAUAAUUAGAUUGCUAGUUAAAAUGAAUAAGCUCUAAGUAACUACCACUUAAACCAUUCUUAGAAAUAAAACCAUAAAUCUUCUUAUGAAGACUUAGAUAUAGAACUCCCUUAAGAAAGUAAAGAAGUUCCUAUAUCAAGAAAUGUGGGUAGAUAAAAUAGCUAGAUAACUAUUAGUAAAGAAUAACCUUUGUAGUAAGAAAGUGUAACCGAAGAAGUUAUUGAAACAAACCAAUCUGAACCCUAAGAAGAAAAUGAGUAUCUAAAACAUGAAAACAAGGUGAUCACUACAAAAGCUGCUAACGUGCAAAGAAUGAUGCUAAACAAAUAGCUAGCAAAUAAAUAGUAAAAAUAGCAACAAAAUUUCAUACCAAACAAAUACUUCGAGCAUUAAAAUUAGGUAAUAAAUACUGAUAUUGCACAAAGAGAAAGAAAUAUAAGAAUUCAAGAAUAGCAAGAAUUUAUCCAAGACAAAAUAAAAAGAUAGUAAAUGUGGGAAGAGGAGCUUAAAAGAGAACUUGAGUAUUAAAAGCAGAACCCUCCUCCCUACUUGAAGUAUUGA